AUUACGCGUAGUGAUUUCAGUUGGUGUUGUGACUCGGAGGCCAUCUUUCUUUUCUUGUGUUAUUAAUAUGGCGACUUCUGAUUACAUGGGAGAGGAUGAAAUACCGCAGCAAGAUAUGCAGGAAAUCGAGAUCGAAUCCGUUCAGCACGUCGAAAUAUCCCAGCACGAAAUCCAAGAAAUCGAGAUCGAAGCUAUUCAACAAAUGCAGGAUCCCGUGGCGGAGGAAAUAAUUUUACAGACCCCCGAAGAAAUUGUCGGUUGUAAUGAUCCUUUGACCGAAUAUGAAGAAAUUCAAGUGCCAAUAGAUAACGAUAUGUAUGCAAUUUCAAGUCCUGGACCAUCGUGGAAAGGGAAGAAAAUCAAGAAAGAACCCAGGUUUAGUGAAAAGGUUUUUAUUACACCCGAGCUCAUCGAAACCGACACGAAAGCCAGGAAAUGGGAACAAAAGCAAGUCCAAAUCAGGACGUUAGAAGGAGAAUUUUCGGUUACAAUGUGGGCUUCAGGGACAGAUGACGAUGAAUGCAGUAAUCCUGAACCUGAACAGGAAUAUGAAGAUUACAUGAUAGAAAGAAAAAUCCCAAGUGAAGGAAUUCCAGGAUUAGAUCUCAGUGACCCAAAACAAUUGGCAGAAUUUACCAGUGAUUAUUGUUACAGGCCAGGCAACAAAGUGAAAGCAAAGAAAGACUCCUCCUUGGCUGGAAUCGAUCGAACGAUAGCAUGCCCGCACAAAGGAUGUACGAAAAUGUUCCGCGACAACUCAGCAAUGCGAAAGCAUCUUCAUACCCACGGGCCCCGAGUUCACGUCUGUGCAGAGUGCGGGAAGGCCUUUGUCGAGAGUUCCAAGCUGAAACGCCAUCAGUUAGUCCAUACUGGAGAGAAACCAUUCCAGUGCACAUUUGAAGGUUGUGGGAAGAGAUUUUCUUUAGAUUUUAAUUUAAGGACGCAUGUUAGGAUUCACACUGGGGAUCGGCCCUAUGUCUGUCCGUUCGACGGUUGCAACAAGAAAUUCGCCCAGUCAACGAACCUGAAAUCUCACAUUCUAACACAUGCGAAAGCCAAACCAAGGCAGCAUAAUGCUGGACGAAGUGUUCAACUGAAAGAAGAAACCCAGUUUGUAGAAGUUCAAAUGCCAGAUAUGGACCAUCAGCAAUUCAUAGUCUAUGCAGAUUAAUCUCAAUGUUUUGAGGCAAAAAUUAUGCUGAAAGCUGCGUGACAGCCAUGCAGCCUUUCAAGCUGAUGGCUUCAUCGACUGGUAACGAACUUCAAAGAUAAGGUAUCAAAGUUACUUUAACCUGAUAACUAAUGUAAGCUCUGUAUAAUAUACGAUUCCUCCUCCUACUUUGUUGUGUGUACAUUGUAUAUUUUUAUCUGUAUUUAUAAUUUGAGGGUUUUAACCCGUCUCAAUCAAAUCCAGAGGUUUUUUCUUUUUAUUUGUUUAUUUUUUUUUCCAUCCAACCUCACCUCAUGAUAAUGAGUAAAGAUACAUUUUAGGUUUUUAAAAUCUUGAUAUAUUGAUUGUCUUUGAAGUCCUCUAUCUAUCAGGCCAUGUCCAUAAAAAUACUCCUCUUAAUUGGGAAUUGAACCCAUUCAUCCCUCACUGAGCGUAAUUCUUGCGCCAACUGAAAGUUACAUGUUAACUUUGCGUAACAGUGCAGAUUGGUCAGGAGUGGAAGACAUAAAGAUUCAAAAAGCGAUCUGUUGGAUAUGCGGGUACAUAUUGCUUCGAAGUAAAUGGUGACUACUGAUUUGCAACUUCUAAGGUUGCUUUUUUGCAUCAGUAAAACACUGUGUGAAGUCAAUUGGAAACUUUAAAUCUUGCAUGUUGGUAACAAUGAAUUCAUGCACAGCCCACCCCUGGGGGUCGAUUAUUUAAAGUUCAGCACUCCUUUAUCAAUCAACCUGAAUUAUUAAAACUCAAUUUUCACAGUAUUUAAUGACGAUGGUUGUUGGAUAAGAUAUCGAUUGAAGUUUAAUAAUCAGCCCUCCGUUCUUUCGUUGUACAAUUAAGGUGGAAGCUGUUUAAUUUACCAUCACAAUAUGGAGAUUUGAAGAAACAUGCCAAUGUAAUUUAGACAACCUCCAUUUUUUCCCAUGGUUCUGUCUUGUUCAAUCUUCAAACCUACCAUAUAGUUUUGGGGAAUGUGAUAUUGUUUUCAUUUGUUUAGUAAAGCCACUUUGUUGUCCUUUCAGUUCUUUUUUUUCAAAUUUGAAUUGAAGAUACGGAUUUUAAAUUGUAUUUAAUGAAAGUGCAGUCAUCUUUAACUUCAAUGGCUUCGAUUUUAUUUUGAACUCUGUUCCAAAAUUUAGGUAUUUGGUAGUUCCUGACGCAAGUCAAAUAUUGUGGAUUUAAGUUGCCUUUCAAUUUAGCCGUAAAAUAUUCCGUUGUGAUUAUUAUAAGCUGGAGUAUUUUUCUGCUGAGUGAGUCAUUAAUUUCCAUAUCUAAAACAUGACAGUCCUUUGAAAAAGGGAAAAUUAUGUUCGUGAUCAGAUUUGGAGAAAAGAAGAAACGGCCAGCAGUAAAAUUCUUGGGCAGUAGUAAAAUGACCAUGAUAAGAUUGCUAGAACCCACCGUGUUUUAAUCUCAAAUCCUCAGAAAAUAUUAGGUCAUCAAAUCCAUUGUUGAAAAUCUUGACUUCUGAAUUUCUUAUGCCCCUUUUUCAAUGAACUGUCUAAUUUAUUGAGCAUACCAUAGGAAUACCUGAUGUAACGCCCUGUAUUUUAUGUAAUAAGAAUGAAUUCAAAUUUUAUACGAGUUUAAGUAAAUUUCAAUUUCUUGGACUUAGUUUUCAUCAAAUAAUAAAUAUUGACUUAUAUUCACUGGGAGUCUCAAAAAAGUAUUGGACCUACUUAAGUUACGUGAGUUUUAUAGAGUGUUGACUUACUUAAGGGGAGAGGUCCUUAACAAUCGCAUUUGUUUGAGUUAUUCAACAGAUAUACCAAGUAAAGUUAAAGUAAGCCUGGUGGAUAAAAUUAUAUUAUUUUUUUGAGGAAAGAAACUGAAGAGAGGCUCAAAGCCGUUAAGUUUAUAUCUGUGCCUGUCUUUAAAAUGCGAGUCCAUCUCUCAUGUAUGUAUAUUCCUCUCAUGAAGGUAAAAGUCGAUGACAUUUCAAUUUUCAAUUCUAGGACAAGAUAUUUUUUUGCUGUAUCACUUUCGUGUCCGUAGGUAUUUGCAGAAAAUUAUUUGACAUCUCUUUUUUAACUCAUUAAUGCAACAUGUGUGGAUAGAUAAGCGUUUUGAAAAAUCGCACAUCAAGUUUUUUUCUUAACUCUUGAAGUUCUGUUUUUCUCUGUCUAGUUUCAGCAGAAAUGAGAUUUUUAAUGGUUCAUAUCAACGUCUAGAGAGAGCCAAAUUAUUGUUGUUUUAUGUACAAGUUUGUAAUUUUUCUGGAGAAUGAGACGGAAUUUAAUAGAAAUGCUCUCAGUUGCAUCAAGUGAGAACCGAGAAUAAGAAGUUUGAAGUUUUAUUCCUCCGUAAGACUCAAUUUUAGGGACAAUGUAAAACGACUAUUCUCCUGUUCAAAAACAUUUUUCCUCGACUUUAGAUUUGUUCUAGGAAAAAGUGAACUACUAGUUCAAUCCAAAUCUACUCCCAACUCAUUUUCCCCUCAAAA